UUACUCAACUGUAAAAUAAAACAUGCUACACUACUUAGUUUUCUUCCAUCUACACACAACAAGAUCAAAACAACCACAAGAAUGGCUUUUUUCGAGAGGGCAUCACCCGCAUUGAAACACAUUUUGCUCCAACUCUAUAGUGCUGAUAAGCCUUUUGCUGUCGAACACCACUUGCACGAAUUCGGAUCAUUGCAAUACCACAUUCAGUCGUAUGCUUCAGAACCACAUCAUGCAUACCUCUCUGUUUCAACUCCUCUUCUAUCCACCGGCUCUUCGAUCUUAUGUGAGCUUCCUUCUUCCACCAUGGAAACAGUAACACGAAUUUGCCCUGAAGUUGUGGAGAUCGUUGAUCCACCACGAAUAGGAUAUCAGCUGACUCUUAAGCUCAAUUUCGCUAAAAUUCCAAGAAAAAAAGAUGCAGCGAAGAUAAUUACAGAGAUUUCAUCGGUGCACACGGUGAUACUGAGCUCUCAGCUACGAGAAUUGUUGAAGAAUGUUAAUGAUCAGGAGAUAACUCAGGGGACAUAUAAACCGAUCAAACUUGUGUAUCAUCAAUGGGAGCCUUUCUACGUCGUUAAACAGCCGGAAAAGUUGACGGCAGUUUUCCCGAUUCGGAUAAAAGAGGAUUCAGAUGUGGUUAUCGCGAAGGCGUUCUUUCAGGAGCUAGUGGAAGUCGGAAGCUCAGGAAGGUUUGCCAAGGCACCGGCUUGCUACUGGUCGGCGAUUCCACCGGCGGAGUUGAGGGGAGAAUCUAUGCAAGAUUUGAGCACGAAUGGAGGGUUCGUCUCAUUUGAAAUCAUGGCACGACAUGUUGAAGGGAAGAAACUCGAGAAGACUGUAUGGAACCUGCUCAACUUCAAUGCGUUGGUGAAAUAUCAUGUAAAGUGCACCAAAGGGUUUGUGCAACGAAGAAUGAGAAGUCGUUUGGAUAGCUUGGUUGAGGCUCUGCAACAUACGAACAUGAAAGAAGAUGAAGAUGAACAUAUUGGAAAAGUUAAAGGACGUACACGUGUGAAGAAAGUGAUGAGGUUUAUGAGAUGUAAGGUUGUGAUGAGAAGAUGGAAUUUGAAGAAACAGAUUAAGAGAAUACGAUCGAGAAUAAGAAUCCAUGGAUUUGGAAAGUUUCAAAGACGUUGGUUGAAACUUCCAAGUUUCUCUUCUGUAAUGAGAUAUCAGAAGCUAGAAAAGUCUUGAUCAAUAUAAUUUAUAGGGGAAAUGAAUUAAGAGGAUAACAAUGUUUUUGUUUUAUUUAAAAAAUGGUAUUGAACCUAUUCCUUCAUUUGCCGUUAUAGAAAGUAAAUUAUUUUGUGUA